UGAGAACAUUGUGACAUCAAUGAUGCAACAAGAUUAGACAUAAAGUCAAGUGAUAUUUAAACUUUGUGAAAAAACAGAGUUUGUAGUGACAUUUAAAUAUUUUUAUUUAAAAUAAAUAACAGUUACACUUUAAAAAAAUGCAUCGUCGCGGAGCUGGACUUGGGGCCAUCAAGAAUAAAAACUUGGCCCAGGCGAAAUAUAAAGAUAAGGGAACAGAGAUAGCUGAAGAUAAAUUCGCCCAGAUGACUCAGCAGAUGGAUACAUUUAAAACCAAUCUGGAAGAUUUCGCACGUAAACAUAAGGACGAUAUAAAAAAAGAUCCAGAAUUCCGUCUCCAGUUCCAAGAGAUGUGUGCAUCCAUUGGUGUAGAUCCUCUUGCAUCCAGUAAAGGAUUCUGGGCCGAGAUGUUGGGCGUCGGAGAUUUUUAUUACGAGUUAGCGAUUCAGAUUGUAGAAGUCUGUAUUGCGACUAGUCCUAAAAAUGGUGGGUUGAUUAAUAUUGAAGAGUUGAGGGAAAGAGUUGAACAUGCCCGUGGACGUAACUCUCAGAAUAUUAGUAUAGACGAUUUAUAUCGCGCCAUUAGAAAACUGAAAAUUCUGGGUAGUGGAUUCACGGUGAUAAGUAUGGGAUCGUCGGCACUUGUUCAGUCGGUUCCAGGAGAGUUGAGUAUGGAUCAUACCAAAAUUUUACAGCAAGCUCAGAAAAAUGGUUUCAUUUCUCAAGUUGACUUGACACAGAAUUUUAAGUGGGAAGUUGAACGUGCAUGUCGAGCGUUAGAGUUUAUGGUUAAACAAGGUUUAGCAUGGGUUGAUGAUCAAGAUAGCAACGGACGUAAAUAUUGGUUUCCAAGUUUGUGUACAAAUAUCGGCCGAUAAACCAAUCUAACAACAGGACGAUUUAAAGGGCCAUUGCGACUUUCAUGAAGAAAAUAAAUAUAACUUCAAAAUUGUUAUCGCAAAUGCUUACUUUGAGCAACAUAUUACUGAACCCUACAAAUUUAAUUGUAAAUUUAGAUUAAACAAUUAAUUUCACUGUAACCUGAGUAUCAUUUAAUCUUGUGUAUCUAGCACUAAUAUUUUUCACAUUUAUUCAAUAUCAAAUCCUUGUUUAAAAAUUUGUAAAAAUCGUUUAAAAUAUCCAAAAAUCAUCUAAUUUGUACUUGUGUCCAGUUUAAAGCUGACUACUGUAAAACAUGAAAUUAUUGCGACAUGAAAUUAUUGCGAGUUGGGGUGGUGAAACAUAAUUGCGACAUGAAAUUAUUGCGAAUUUCUAUAGUGGGGAAAAAAUUAUUGCGACAUGAAAUUAUUGCGAAUUUAAAUAAUUUUUUUUUAGUAAAUUUGUCUAUAAAAUGUGGUAGAUUGUUAAUUUUGAGGUGACAGUCGGCUCUUCAAAACAUCGGUUGAUUGGUCAUCAUUAGUAACAGCAAAUAGUGUAAACUUGUCAUUUUGUACCAACCUUCGAUACUACUGUCUACCAUUGUGAUGCAUUCGAUAAUAUUUAGCCAUUUUUGUAAAGAAAAUCGAUGAAUUAAUUUUAUUUUAUCAAAAAAGCACAUGAACAAAAAACCAUCGCUGAUUUUAUCACCUAUUUACAGGGGGUGUAACUCUGUGUAUAAUAUUAUAGGAGGCGCUAAAACGUCUGUUUAACAACAAAGUGGCAAUGGAAAAGAGAUACUAUAUAGAUGAUCGUGACAAAACUCGGUACUUUUAUUUUAUUCAAUCAGUAUCAAAUAAUGUGUCGUUACGGGUGAAAACAAUGAUCAGGCUAGUCGUUUAAUAAAACAAAAGAUUAAUUAACAGAUAAUCCCGGGUUGAUUGUUUUCUAUAUUUCUUUUUACCUGAUCAGUUGGGGUCCAGUUAAUUAACUACUACUCACGGGAUUAGCGAGGGUGUUACAAAGAAUGACAAGAUGGUAUCAUUCAACAAUGGCCGUUGAAUGGGCGAUGUUUUGUUGAAUUUAUUAGUGGCAGCGUUAAAGGAGUGACCGUUGAAUAAAGAGAUGAAACAACAGAUUUUUGUAUGGGGGGAAUUUAUUGUGACCGCUUACAAGAAGAUGUCGCUGAAUAGGAGUGGCUGCUCAUACAGAUUCUACUGUACAAGAUUAAAUGAUACCUUGGUUACAGUGUUUGCAUAUCUCUGAUUUAGUUGAAGAUCAUUUUUGUACCAAUCAGUAGGAAUUGUUGAAAUAGCCUCUUUCUCGUCUGUUUUAUAAAAUAAUAAAUAGUUACAUGUUGUAGGACAUUUUUAGUUUCUUAAUGUUAUUUUUUAUAUUUCGUCAGCACUGUAUAUUCAUAUAUUUAUUAUUUUAAUAAUGAUUUUUUUUGUUUAUUUUGACUUGCUACAAACCAUUGCUUUAAGCCUAUUUAUUACUGUGAACUUAAGCCAUCCAUUGUCUACACAAAUAUUAUCCUAAUAUAUUCAAACCCAAUCUGACCUGGAGCAUUUGGGGCACAUUUUUUUGGUUUAGAAAUGAACAUAGGGAGUGAGGACUCCAUCUGUCCAUCCACAAUUUUUUGGGUGGACACUGUACAGGCUGCAAUUUUUAUGCGAUUUUGACAAAACUUGAAGUAUAGGUUGAUCUUCCACAGAUCUUGGUUCAUUUUGAAAUUUUUACGCAGUUUAAAAGAUCUUGGUUCCUUUUUAUGGCUCCUGUACAAUUUUAUAAACGUGAAGGUCUCCGUUUGUUCACUGGUACAAGUUAUUUUAUGGUUGUAAAAUACACGAUUAUUUACAUUGGAAUUGGGUUGAAAUAUUUCCACCAUAUUGAGUGUUAAAAGCUUUGAAUGAUAUUCUAGAGUUAAGAUUAUGAUUAUCACAUCUCAACCAGGAAAUUUCCCAGAAAAUGAAACCGGAAAAACUUAAAUCAGUAAAACGAUGUAUGUAAUAAACCUGGAUUACUAUAUAGCCUAAUUAGUUGGUUGCUGCCGAAAAACGACCCUUAUUAAAUAUGAUUUUAAUAAUUAUAUGUUUAAAUCAGUAUUUAGCUUCUGAUAACUAUAGGGAGUUGUUAUUAUAAUUUAUCAACAGGGGUCUUAUUUAUUAAAACUAAGGGUCGGACAAGUAUGGGAUGGAAAACCAAGGUCCUGUGUACACAUUGACGUGCAUGUAAAACUAAAAGAAACCUUGGCAAUUGGAAUCCAAUAAAAGAGUGGGCUGGGUAAAAUUUUCCUCAUAGCACACCGUAUGGCAUAUUCCUGUCUUCAUUAGCCUAGUAGGAUGUUAAACCCCAUUUCAUUUGAACUAAAAUACUGACAGUUCAUUGGCUGAUCACUGAAAUAUUGACAGUUCAUUGGCUGAUCACUGAAAUACUGGCAGUUCAUUGGCUGAACACUAAGGUCAUUGGUUCAAAGAUUAUCUCCUAGCCAGUGAAAAGACUGCAUUCUUAUAUUUUUAUUUAAGUUUUCUUGAAUGGGUCCGAGGAUACAGAUAAUUGGGUUCUAAUUGAUUUAAAUAUAUUUGUUGAAAUAUUAAAAUCAUAAAUAAAUAAUUGGAGAGA